AUGUUAUGGUCCCAUGUCUCAUCCAAUGAGAUCGCGGCUGUCGCACAAAGCCUCGACGAAAACCAUGGAAAAGUUCAAGCAUACAUCCUAUCGCUUCUUCCAACAUACGAGGAUGCUUUACUUGCUACAUCAAUCUGUGUUCGUGAUCUACCUGGCCAGAUUGCGAUGCCACCAACACACCCAGCUGCUCGUAACAGCUUACGACAAGCUGCACUGGAGAUGCGAGGUGGGCCUGCACCAGAAGGAGCCCGGAAUAAAUUAUCGGGUAAUCUCCCAAUCCGCACAGCCGAAACCCUUGACUCAAUAUCACUAGCUAGGCGGACUCUCACACCCGCUCAGCGUGCCCUUCUGAAGAAAAACUUCUAUGGCGCCGAAAAUGCCCGUCCUCAAAAUGAACGGCAUGAAGACCCAUAUGUGCUGGAAGUAUCACCUACCCUGGACGACACACUCCCUAUAAUUACGGGGCACAUGUUAAUCGCUGCAGUUGAUUGGGAUGAUGGAUUGCCGAAUUUCUUUUUGACGAACUUCCCAAUGUUGUGGGAUACAGGUGCAGCUCGAACAUAUAUUACUGAUGACAUCCUUUCGGAAGAGUUAAAGAACUACUUUCACUAUGACCCGAUCCACUCCGAAUACAGGAAAGAAGUAAGAGUGGGUGACCCGAACGUCCUCCGAUUGCCAGAUGAGGCGUGUGACCCGAAAGUAUUCCGCAUGACAGAUGUCCAGGUGGGCAUUUGCAGUUUUCGAACGCCAUCUUGGAAGUUGAGGCUAUUGCAUCCGUCGUGCCGGUCGAUCGCAUUCCAAACCGGAGACCUGGCGUAA